GAGCAACAAGCAACCGACUACUCUCCUCGUUCAGUCCUCCCCUUUCUCCUCGGUAAUGGAGUCUCCAAACCCCGCUUCCUCUGCAACCCCCAAUCCUUUCGCCUUCUUCCACCAACAUUUUCAACGUCUAAGCUCCGACAUCUCUACCCGUCUCGACGAAACACGGCGAGGAAUCGCCAAAAACCUUUUCCCAUUUCAGCCACAUAAGCCCCAUCGUUGGUCAUUGCCUUUUGCUUCGUUGUCACAGCAACAACAAGACGACAACAAUCUUCGCAGCGGAAAUCAUGUGUUUGACUUGGCCCUAAGCACUGCCAAUGUGUCGAAAACGCUUGCUGGAACAGAGCUGUACACAGUCAGCAAUUCCGAUAACGAAUUCGUCCUGAUUUCUGAUCCUAAUGGACUCAAAUCAAUUGGGUUACUUUGUUUUCGUCAAGAAGACGCCGAAGCAUUUCUUGCUCAGGUUCGAUUGAGGAAAAGGGAGUUAAAAGGGCGAGCAAAAGUUGUACCAAUUGCACUUGACCAGGUUUAUAUGUUGAAGGUUGAAGGAAUUGCAUUUCGAUUUUUACCUGAUCCUGUUCAACUUAAGAAUGCAAUGGAGUUGAGAACUUCUAAUACCAAGAAUGGGUUUGAUGGAGUCCCUGUUUUUCAGUCAGACCUCCUGGUUAUAAAGAAGAAAAACAAACGUUACUGCCCUAUAUAUUUUCGAAAGGAGGAUAUUGAGAAAGAAUUGUUAAUGGUUCCACGAGGACCAAGAGGACCCGCCAUUUCACAACAUAUCAUGGUGGGAUGUUUGGAAGAUGUUUUGAAAAAAAUGGAGAUGAGUGAGAAAAAUUCUGGUUGGGAAGAUCUAAUUUUCAUCCCUCCUGGGAAAACAUUUUCCAGUCUUGUUGGAAAACACAGGGUUGUUAUCAUGGUGGUGUAUAGCCGUGUAGAAGAUAGUGACAAGGAUGAUGAUAUCACCAGAAGAUGUAUUUUGUAUAUUGGAAUCUUGAUUGUCGAAUGAAAGUCAUGCAUUUGAAUCCUUAAUAUGCUCUCUAUUUUUCAUUCUUUUUUUUGGUUCAUGUCAAUCAUAUAUUCUAUAGUUAUAUUUCUCAUCUUUUAGAUAAUAAAAACAAUAAAACGUGG